AUGAAACAAUACAUGUCUCCCGAAGAAGUUCACUCGGCUGCCAUGACGAGCGAUAUAUUAGAUGAAAUUCCCGAAAUGAUUGCAAGCUGCGAACCGUUAAAUGCGGGGUUCUGUCUGACCGAUCCUUCUGACGAACGCUAUCGCUAUAUGUAUUCUUUACGAAAUAGGUUUGGAAAGUUCCUACAUCAGGCGUCUGUCUCCCUUCGACAACAGGGUGAAGAAAAUACUGUAGAUGCUGUACAGAUGCUGCUACGCUCCAUUAAAACUUAUCUUCUUGAAUACGGGGAUAGUCGAGACGGGUAUUACAUCAAUCAAGAUCAAUACACGUCUGCAAAGAACGUUGCCCGGCAGUAUGCCAAGCAAAAAGUUUGGCCCCGUGCAGUCUAUAUUCGACGAGCCAGAUUCUACCAUUCUGCUCGCCUUCGAUGGAACUCUAUUGAACGACUCCGUGGUCCUUUGGAAGACGAUUUGAUAGAUGAUGUCACUCAGUGGUCUAUUUGGCAUUACGCCGUUGUACGAAUUUCCGGCCAGUCCCUCCUAGAAAACCUUUGCUCGGUGUAUGACGGCGUCAGGCGGAGGGCUUUACCCAUCCUAUACGAUGCUCUCCGGAAGGGUAAAGACGUCGACGAUGACCGUAUGAAAGGGGCACUUUGGGUGCUUAAUCUCCCUUCAUUUGGAAAAUACGCAGUCUCUGAGCCCAAACUCGCCAAAGACAUUUUCGUGCAUCUGUUAGGAUGCCAACACAACGAAAAGCAAUCCAUACAGACCUGUGUGUCCAUGGUUACAGACACCUGUCUAGCCUCGUUCAUAGAACCCAGUUAUGUGGUAUACGAUAUACCUACUCCCUCUGUUGACAAAGUCGUGGAGGAAUUCAAGUCCGUUCUCGGAGCAACAGCCCAAGACAUCAACCUCAUUAAUAAAUGCAGCCAUAAUACCAAUCGUAGGGUAUAUUCUAUGAAUGAGGCCGCAGAAGAAACGGGCGCUGCGGUCAUGAAUAUUGGCAGGUCCUCCGAAACGCACUGGCGCUAUGCGAUCGUAGCUUUACGCUGCUUGCGGACAUUGAUUAGACGCGACAAACCUUUAACUCCGGCACAAAUGUCCUACUUCCUUGCGCGCACUCACGACAGUCAUCCUACCAUUCGCUACUACGCCCAACGAGCUAUCAUGAAAAGCACUCGAAACAUCAAACUCCGGAGUUAUUGCCCCAACCUUAUCGAGCUUUAUAAAGGUCGAAAUCACAAUCCUCUACGAGUUACAGUUACAGUCGAGCCUUUACAUUCGACGAUUGCGAAGUUCUUUGAUGAUUAUAAAUACCAUUUUGACCUCAGCCUGUCGUCGAGGGCAACUCUCUUCCGUGACAAAGUUCCCCCGGGGUGGUCGGCGUUGAGCGACUGCGUCUCUCUCUAUCGGACUCCCGACUCUCAACAAUCCACAUUUUUAUGGGAGGAUUCUAGCGCAGAAGCAAUCGCCGUUGCGAGAAAAAUGGCCACAGAUCAAGCCUUCUGGAAGAAACUUUCAAACUAUCUCGCCGAGGAGACACAUGAGACGGUCAUGACACAGGAUAACGUCUCAUGCGUGAAGUCAAUUUUCCAAAUUCUGGAGGAUGCACCAUUCGAAGCCCUGCGCCCAAGGUUGGAAUCGCUAUUGGCAGAUAAAGAACCAGAUAAACAGCGAGCUGCUGCUGAACUGCUUGCCGGUGUAAUUGGCGGUUCCAAGCACUGGCCCCUAGAGAAACAAAAGACUUUGUGGAAGUGGUAUCAGCCCUAUAUCACUAAGAUAUUCGGAGCGAAUCUCAAGAGCGAUACUGUUGGAAUAUGGACUUCAUUCCUAGAGUACCUGUUUUACAACAGAGACCCCCGAAGAAUUCAACCGCUCUUUGACCAUAUUCUUCAACUCUUCAAGAAUCUGGAUUACAACACUGAACUUUCAUUUGACGCAGUGAAGAAUCUCUCUUUGUUCAGAGCUUGUUAUGAACAGCUAGGAAGAAAGUUCAUCGUUUGGGUAGAUGAAGUUGUUGAGAGAUGCUGGUCCAAGAUCCACAGUGAACAUGAGGAUGUUCGAGCCUACAUCGCUGAAAUAUUAGCCUUUGCAGACAAAGUCAAGUGGCAAACACGCCCUUCAAUCCCCAGCGUUGAAGUGUUCACCAAGGAGUCGCGCCUAGUCCCUGCCUCGUUUGAUAUGAUGGGAGUGCGAGGGAACUACCAUAAGCAAAGGGUGAUCGAACUUGUCGAGAACUUUCGGAUUUGGUCGAAAACUCGCUAUCCAGGUGUUCGAGCGUUCCAAUCAGAUUACGACAGAGCGGGCGUCACUGUCUGUAAAUGGUUGUUCCAAACUCUUCACGAUACUAACGCCAUUUCCGUUUUCGACUACAUUUUACCGCUAAUGCCUGAACUCUUCCGUUUCACAGAUCUAAGCGACAACGACGACCUUUCUUCUCGAGCUAAACUGCUCCUCGUCCGCAUGUGUGGCGUUAGCCCGCCUAUGAGCCUCAUCAAUUCCAUUUUGGACGCUAUCUUCGAUGCCAUACAGUACUCUCCGUCCUGGAGAGUCCGUUUAAAGGCUCUGCCUCUGGUUCAAAUCUUUUAUUUUAGACAGUUCUUCCUGAUUAGUGACAUGAAAAUCACGGAGAUACUAGAGGUAGUUUGCAAGUGUCUCGACGACGAAGUGGUAGAAGUCCGUGAAAUGGCUGCAACCACGCUUUCUGGCAUUCUCCGCCUGUCGCCAAGAAGUAGCGUACUAACACUGAAGAAACGAUUCGUCCGUCUAGCAAAAAACAGCCACAUUCCUGAUCGUCAAGAUCCCACUUAUACCAAAUGCAUAAGACAGCGACACGCUGCUAUCCUCGGUAUCUGUGCUCUGGUCGACAGUUACCCGUACACUGUAGAAAAAUGGAUGCCCGACCUCUUGACGAACGUACUAGCGGAGUAUACUUAUGAUCCUAUUCCGAUAUCGAAUACUGUUCGUAAAUGCGCUAGGAAUUUCAAAAAGACGCAUCAGGAUACGUGGCAUGAAGAUUCAAAACGGUUUGAUGAUUCUCAACUGGCUGCUUUGUCGACGCUCCUGACGGGCUCGUCGUAUUAUGCAUGAAAAUGACGCGAAAAGUCAUUUUACUGCUUCAUAAAGUUCUAUUCUCAAUCUACGUCCCAUUUAUUUGCUUUCUUGUA